CUUUCCUACAAGGACGACCAGGACCGGCGGAGCCUCAAGCCCCGGUCGUCAGAAGGCACCAAAAGCGGCUCGGACGACCAGGUAGCCGAGAAUACGGAAGCCGCUUUCAAUCCCAACAUGACCAGUCCGGAAGAGGCGAAAGAGAGCGCCGCCAAGCAUAGCAACGGGAACCCGCUCGAAGCGAGCGGGGCAAACCAAGAGUUUUCGAAACCGCGCGCGCCCGAAGAG